AUGGCAAGACAUCUACGACUUGGAGCAGGUGGUGCUGGAGCGCUUCAAGACUAUUUUUGUAGAAUGCAGUACAAGAACCCCGGAUUCUUUGCCUUGAUGGAUUUAGAUGAUGAGGGGAGGUUAAAGAAUGUCUUUUGGGCAGAUCUACGCAGUAGGAUAGCUUAUCAAGAUUUUGGUGAUGUUGUAACAUUUAACACCACGUACUUGACAAACAGAUACGAGAUGCCCUUUGCUCCUUUUGUUGGUUGUAUGGAUGGUAUAGCAUCGUCAGCUAUUAUUACUGACCAAGAUAGAGCAAUGAAAAAUGCAAUUGCCAUUGUAUUUCCAAAAACUAGAUAUAGAUUUUGCCUUUGGCAUAUAUUGAAAAAAGUCCCCGAGAAGCUUGGCUCCCAUCGUGCGUACAAAAGUGGCCUGAAAACUCAACUGAUGAAGUGUGUGUAUGACACUCAAACUAUUGAAGAGUUUGAGAAAUCGUGGGAAGAGGUAAUUAGCACGUACAGCUUGCAAGAGAAUGUUUGGUUGCAAAGUUUGUACGCUGAGUGCACACAUUGGGUACCGGUGUUUCUAAAGGAGUAUUUUUGGGCUGGCAUGAGUACAACACAACGGAGCGAAAGCAUGAAUGCAUUUUUUGAUGGAUAUGUUCAUGCGAAGACAAACUUGAAUGAGUUUGUUGACCAGUUUGACAAUGCCUUGAAAAAGAAAAUCAAUAAUGAAAUCAGUUCGGACUUCCACUCAUUUAGCGUUACAGUAUCAUUCAUAUCCAGAUCUCCAAUCGAGAAGAGAUUCCAAGAGUUAUACACGAAUGCAAAAUUCAGGAAAGUUUAG